AUGAUGGUUCGACGAAACGGACGGUUCGCUAAAACCAAUAAACCAGGCAAUUCAGGCCAAUUUGGAAAGAAACUAGAUAGCGUGAUAGCGAAUGAGGAUAGUCUAAAUAUCCCACUGUUGCUCUACGUAGUGGUCCCAGCAUUCGUUAUUGUUGUCGUUGCAUUCACCCUGUUGGGACUGUGGUACAAGUAUCGCUAUAAACGCAGGGGCAAUAAGAGAUUUAAAGAGGAAAAUGAUGAAGGUCCUCCAAGUAAUCAACAAUUGAUGGAACUUGAACAAAUAAGUCCUGAUGGAGCAGCUAGGAGUGAAGAUGAAUACAAGCCUAAUCAUUUGUACACUUACAUAGAUCACAUUCCAAAUCAUUCUCCAGAAAGAAUGGUUGAUAGAAAUAGGAAUACGUCUACAUCCUCCAAUGUUUCAAGGAUUACAUUGUCCUCUGAACAACAAGGCUACUGUUAUAUAACACCUGGUAAUGCUGUACUUGUAUUUGAAAAUACGAAUCCAUUUGCAACAUGCAAUACUUCUACGUGUACAUCGCCCUCUGUAAAACAAGAUGACGGUUAUUUAAUACCAGUUAAUGCUGUUGGUGAAUAUGAUUCCCUUAACUUUGGUACACAUAAACCACCAGUGCGCUAUCAUCGACUGAAACAUCAAAAUAUGUGGAAACGAAUGUAAAAUAUAACACGAUGUAAAAUU